AUGGUGGCAUCCAGUUUCGCCGUGCGUGUAUAGCCUCCCACUCUGUUGUGUAAACCGAGUGGGAAAAAAGAGACAAAGGAAAUCGAGUCAGCGGCGGAUCGCGCAUGUUGUCAGGAGGAAAUGGUAUGCAGCUCAGUUGGGCUGUGCCUCCUCUCGCCGCGUAUUAUCACAUCUGCUGUUUUUACACGGAAAGGAAGGCAGUCCGUGUUUAACAGGAACACCCGGGCUCUGAGGCACAAUUUUCGCCAAAAUACCUCCGCCCGGUAUGUUAAAACAUCACCGGUAAUCGGCGGUAGGCUUUCAAGCAGCGAUGGCUUCAGUACGGAUGGUCUCCAAAGUUGGGGCGAGACUUUUGGGAAGUCUUCAGCCUUUUCACUCCGCUCUCAAAACUGCUCGUCCGGCUUCGUUACUUCACAAGAUUCAAGACAGGAGGCCCCUACUGGCACACCAUCAAGCGCUUUUCUACAGUACACUCCCUCCCCCCAGUGAUGUCUCUUUGCAGUACAGAUAUGGUCGCCUGGUGCUGGAGGUGCCGCUGCCCUCCAGAAAUGAGAAGUGUCUCUUCUUCCUUCGGCCCAUGCUGAUGAGUGUGGGAGACCUGAUUGCUGAUCUGCAGAGAGAAGACCCCGGAGUGACUGCCUGUGUACUCUCCAAAGAUGGAGAGCGAGUGGCCAACACCACACUGUUAGACUCUCUGCUGGACAAGGACUUCCAGCUCAUCAUCAACGAUGCCGUAUACAAUGUCAGCUCUCCUGAAAAAGCGUGUGUGUCAAAUGAGCAUGUCAUGGAGUUGGAGGACAUGAAGCACGUUGUGCAUCUGCUCCACACUGCGCUCCACCUGCCUGACCACCACCUGCUCAAAGAGAGGCAGCUGCUGGAGAAACUGGACAGCCUCAAACAAGAGCUCUCACCUCUGGAAAAGACCAGGGCCAAGCUGUCCCGUAAGGCCGAGUUCCAGUCGUCCAGGGCUAUCUGGGCCGGCAUGGCCCUGUUGUCUGUGCAGGGCGGUGCUCUGGCCUGGCUCACCUGGUGGGUCUACUCUUGGGACGUCAUGGAGCCCGUCACCUACUUCAUCACUUACGCCACCAGCAUGGGAGCCUUCGCCUAUUACAUCCUCACCAAGCAGGAUUAUAUAUACACAGAAGCAAAAGACAGACAGUUCCUGAAUUACUUUUACAAGGGAGCCAAGAAGAUGCAUUUCAAUGUGGAAAAAUACAAUGAGCUGAAGGACGAACUGGCUCAGGUGGAGGAGGACCUGAGGCGUCUGAGGAAUCCCACUGAACUUCAGCAGCCAAUUGAACAGAUCCAGCCAAAGCCAUGAACGGAGUCAAGCCAUGAAGAGUACUCACUCCCAUGCACACACCAGACCAGAGCAAAAACACUUCAACACCAUUUCUUCCACUUUAUUUUGAUAAUGGUGCCUUUUAUUAGGAAUCCAUAUCAUUUUCGCCUUGUUUACAGUCUUGAUAAUAAUGCUAAGUGUACCCUUUAGAAAAAAAACAUAUCUUGAGAAAUAUUCGAAUAAAUUCUUCAAAACAUCA